AUGGAAGUAAAUUUACAUAGACUAAUUAAUGAUGUAAACUAUACAUCUCACAAUAUUGUUGAUAGAGUUGAAAGAGCUUUUGGAGGUAGUAAAUUGGCUGGAGAUGCCUUUAAAAUUGGUGCUGGUCUCGGUAUCCCCUUAGCAUUAGGCUACGGUCUUCAUAGAUAUGUCAGUGCUAGACAUAAAUUAAAAGAAAAGAUCCCAAUGAAACAACUAAAACAUGGGGGUAAUAUCAUUUCUCGUGUAUUAAAUAACCACAAUAUUAGAUUUGCUUUUUCAUUAAAUGAAUUGGAUGAAAUUAAUACCAUUGUUGAAAGCAAGUUUGAAAAUAAAAUGAGCAUCAUCCAAAUGAAGAACUACAAUAAUGCAAUUGUAGCUGCCAGUGGAGUUUUCAGAAUGACUGGUCAGAUUGGUGUUAUUUUCUGUGCAAGUUCACCAGAUAUCAUCACAAUGAUCAACGGAAUUAUUAGUGCAAAAUACGAAAAUAUUCCAUUGAUUGUUAUUGCCAUCAAACCUAUUUUAAAUGAAAACUACUAUGAUAAAAAAGUUUUAAAAAAUUAUUUCAAACACACCUACUCAAUUAAAAACAUUGGUGAUAUUAGUAAUGUAUUAGAAGAAGGUUUAUCUAAAACACUAGAUAGUGAAAAUGCUUAUUCAGUUUUCAUUGAAGUCUCUCAAAGCCUUUUAUUACCAGAAGAUCAAACCAAAGAAAUUAUUGAAAACUAUCAAAAAUCAAGAUGGUACUUUAAUAGAUUAUGGGAUGAAUUUAGUGGCAGAUUCAAAUACCCAGCUGAGGAUGACGAAAUAUCUUUCCACUAUCCUAAAAUCCGUCCAAUAGAAAACCCAAAAAAUAGACAUGUAGAUAAUGUUCUUAAAAAAUUAUUAGAAUCAAAAAACCCAAUUCUUAUUGUUGGUGACCAAUGCUUGGUCUCCAAUAAUAUUAGCAACAAAGACCUAAAUAUUGAAAGCUUAAAACUAUCUAUUCAAUUGUUAGGUAUUCCAACUUAUCUCCAUGGCUUCUCCAAAUGUUUGGGUACAAACGAUAUUAGAAACAUUGUUAAUGACAACAUGAGCUAUGCUAUUGAACACUGUGACCUUUUAAUCUGCAUUGGUGUAUCAAGCCCCUCAUUCCUUCAAGAUCUAAACAUCAAUACCUUCAAGACCCCAGUAUAUUCAAUUGAAGAGUUCCAAUUACCAUUAAUUGGUCAUAACAAACUUGGAAUUGACUUUAUUAAUAGAUAUGCAUGUGAUCCAAGUGGUUUCUUGUUACAUUUAGGUUUCGUUUUCCCUAAAGCAUUUACAAAUAGAUGGAACAAUUGGUUAUUUGACUUAAAAGAAAAGGAUUCAAUUGCAAGUUUGUUAAUUGAAAAGAAAGGUGAAAUUAAAGUUGACCAUAUCAAUCCACAUCUUUUGAUCAAAUCACUUAAAGAUACAUUCAAGAGAUUAGAAAAACCACCAGUCAUUGUCUCAGAUAAAGGUGAUUUUUGUGACUAUGCAAACAUUACAUUAGGUGGUAGUGUUUUAUCAUGGGUUCAAUCAAGUAAAUUCAGCUCAAAUGGAAGCUCCAUAGGUUUAGCAAUUGCCUCCAAACUUUGUUUCCCAGAAACAGAUGUUUUUAUGCUUUGUGAUGAAAAAUCAAUAACCAACUGUGUUCAAGAAUUUGGUACUCUUUCACGUUAUCAUUUACCAAUCAACAUUAUCGUUGGAAAUAGUGAAAAAUCAAUUUUCAGUAAUAUCCACUAUAAUCAAGAUAUUGUUAAUUUACAAUCAAAACAACAACAACAAUUAUUACACCAACAACAAAUGCUUGAUCAUGCUAAACACAAUGAAAAUCAAAGAACUGCAUACCAUAAGAUUAUGAACGCUUAUGGUGGUAAAGGUUUUAUCAUUUCCCACAAUGACUCAACUAAAGAUGAUAUUGAAAAAAUAUUAUUUGAUGCAAGAGAAAAAUCAAACUCUUUAAAUAGACCAGUUUUAAUUAAUUGUUGGGUUGAUACACCAAAAAAUAUUAUUGGUUCUGGUAGCAUGUAA